AUGGCUGGUGCGAAGGAAACCUCUAAUACACCUCAGCGAGGGAGAAGAGCUUCCAAAGGUCGUCGUACUAGAGGCCCUGUUGCCGCCGGCGGCAAUAACGGUCUUGCUGGAAAGGAGAAUACCUCGCCUCAUAAUAAAACGGGCAAACGAUCCCAGAAAGGCAAGAGCAGGGGACGGGGACGUGACAAUAUGGUUCGUCCAGAGCCUGCAGACUGCGAUAGUCGUGCCGGGAAGACAUCGCGGAGUGGCUAUAGGCCUUUACCUGGUACUUCCAGGGUAAGCUCAUCGGAAGCUCCAGCGAGCGAUGAGCUGUCAGCAGCCCAGAUGCAAGUAUUUCUUGAAGCUGGCCUGGCUAUGAUCGACGAGUCACCGGACACGAGAAGAACAUUCAUCGAAAGCCUGGCUACCGAGUCUGGUCUUCGCAAAGUCCGACAGAUAGUGGAGACUGACUUCGCAAUAUCCUAUAGCGUUUUAAAGCCUAUGUUUGAUCCACACUGUAUAUUGUUCUUUCAACUGGUCUCUCACAAUGAGGUGCUAUCUUCACUUAUACUUGAGAAGGCCGUGGGGACAAUCUACAACGUCAUAUACGGCCCCGGUGGUCGAAGGGCAAUUGGGUUCUUCACAAAAGUGACAGACUACCUCACCCAGUUCAAAAGUGAUGGCAGAAGUCAAGCUGUUGUCCAACAUGUCGCCACGCCAACUGAGGUGUUGUCUCUGGUUUCGAGAGUGCUUCUUGGUACUUUAACUUUGAAUCAUGAGGCUGCAAUACAGGUAGACCUCAAGAAGAUUGCCGACAGGCUUUACGACUGCUGUCAUGCCGACAACGCCGACGCUAGGGCUGGCGAUGACAACCUGCAGCUGGCAUACGAGAAUAUACUCAAGAUUCAAGAAAUCUUUUCUAUGGGGGACUCGAUCCCUAUGUCACAGAAGCCCGAUCAAGUGCAAAAAAUCAAAUCCAAUCAGCAAAACAGCACGAGGUAUAUAGUUGACCUACCCGGCGAAUUGUCUGACCACGGCCCUCGCCAUGAUAAUGACAAAACGGCAAUCUCGGAUAUUCAGAUCUUGCCUACAAAAUCAGAGAUACUGAAUGCUGAUCGACCUGAAUUCCUCCCCGCACGAUGCGCUACCGGCUCCGCCAAUAUGCAUCACGAGUGGGGCAUCCGUCGACUUCUCGAUAGUCAAUUCCGCCUUCUACGAGAAGACACUUCUGGUGUGCUUCGCGAAGGCAUAAGAUUAAUAAUACAUGCAUGGGAACUAAUUGUCCACGGGACAGACUGGCGGCUAAAGCGCAAGUUUCUUCGUGACAAUAUGCCAACUCCGGUCCGGAUUUAUUCAGGAGUCAAAAUCCGACAAAUAAAGUCAGAGCAAUUCAAAGGGAUAGAAGUAAACUUGGAAUUUGAUCAGCUUCCUAGACUGAAGAAUGUAAGUCCGGCAAAAAGGAAACAGUGGUGGUUUGACUCAAAGGCCUUGAAAAAGGGUUCAACCCUGUUGGCCUUGUUAGACGCAGAAGAUGUGGAUGACACAUCUGCAAUCUACUUUCUUGUCUCAAAGAGGGAGACCAGCUAUGUCGACAAAGACAAACAGGGCUCUGUCACGGGCGAUCGUGUCAGUGACGUAGUUAGCGAUGGCAACAGAGCUAUGGUUACUUUGGGGCUAGUGGGACCACCCAAUCCGCCAGACUUGGAGAGACUUGUUUUGUUCUCGAGAAGCAAUCCCUUUCCCCGACCGCUCAUACUUGUGGAAUUUCCAGCCAUUCCGUACAAUUCCUUCGAGGGUAUUCUGAGGUGCCUUCAGGUGCUACAUCAGAACCCAGCACGCAUGCCCUUUACUGCAUGGCUAGCCCCGAGUUCCGAUAACCAUGAACUGUGCGAAGCACUGAAGGGAGGUAGCACCGACGCUGGCAGUAUCAGUAUACAACCCCCUGUAUACUUCCACAGGGAUCUGUUACUCGACCUUUCUUGCCUCCCAGGUCAAGGUGAAAUCGAGGACGCAAGUCAGAUACUGUCUAUGUCUCUUUCCCACGAUCCUAGGAUGCUCUCUGCAGACCUCUCCAGGGCAACUGAUUUAGACGAAGGCCAGGCAAAUGCGUUUAUUUGGGCACUACGACGAAAGAUAGCAUUGAUUCAAGGCCCCCCGGGGACUGGAAAAUCAUACGUAGGGCUACAGCUGGCUCGAUGUUUGCUGCACAACAAGGAUCUGCUGGACCUGGGCCCGAUACUAUGUGUAUGCUACACAGCCCACGCACUUGAUCAAUUUCUUGAUGGUCUUCUUAGAUCGAGUGUUACCAAUAUUAUCAGGAUUGGCCCUCGUAGUGCCUCUCCACACAUUGAAAGGCUCUCACUCGACAUGAGAAAGCAAGAGCCAGGGCCCCGAAUUAAAGGCCUUCCUAGGCUAAAGGAUGAAUCACGAGUGAAGUUACUCAGCAUAAGUUCAAGGAUUGACGAGCUCCUGAAGCAGGCCCAGAGUGGUUGUCACAGUCUUGUUCUUGGGAUUUUGAAGAAAAGAUUCCCCGCCCAAGCCAGCCGCAUAACUUCGGAGUCUCCUGGUGAAACGGACACGAAUGCAUUGCAAGCGUGGGUUUCUGGUGACGCUCCCGGAGACUGGAGCGAAGCCAAUAUUGAGCGCUCCAUUGACCGACUACUUCAGGAGGACGUCUGGACGCUCAAGGCCUCUGAGCGGACUCGUCUCCUUAGUUACUGGCAGGAGGCGGCUCUUGCAGAGAUCAGUCAACAGGUAUUGACACUUCUCGAAGCUCAUUCAGCAGAAAAAGAGCGAUAUACUUCAGCGUUCAACUUGUCGGAUGUGCAACGCCUGAACAACUGCCAGGUUGUAGGGGUAACUACUACCCAACUAGCAAACAAUGCUGAGUUACUUCGAAACCUUAAUGCAAAGGUGCUCAUAUGUGAAGAGGCAGCAGAGGUUCUGGAGUCGCAUGUUCUCACUGCACUAAUACCCUCGAUCCAGCACGCGAUUCUGAUAGGAGAUCACUUGCAGCUACGUCCACGCAUCUCUAACCUUAGGUUGUCCAUGGACUAUGAACGGGAGAACCCCAAGUACAACCUCGAUGAGUCACUGUUUGAGCGACUAGCAAACUUCCGCUUCGGAGAAUCAACAUCUAGUGGUACGGGUGGACAGGAUCAGCAAGAAUAUAGCUUCCCUGUGAUGCAGUUGAGCCACCAACGGCGGAUGCACCCAUCCAUUUCCGAACUGGUACGCAAGACUUUAUAUCCAAAGCUCCAAGAUCAUCCUACGAUGACCUCAUAUCCCCUUGUACCUGGUAUUGCUCGCAGGCUAUAUUGGCUCGACCAUUCUCACGUGGAAGAUCCAACUGACCCUACAGAGCCAAUGCAAAGCAAGACGAAUACGUGGGAGAUUGGGAUGGUAACCGCAUUGGUGCGGCAUCUCUGUCAACAAGGCAAGUAUGGGCCCGGCGAAAUUGCUGUAUUGACGCCAUAUGUUGGACAAUUGAGGAUGUUCAGGAACGUCCUGGAAAAGGAAAUGACCAUAAUCAUCAGUGAAACGGACUCGGAUGCGCUUGACGAAUCUGAGGGGUUACAAGUGAGUGGACCCUGUAUGAACGAGCAUGGGAAAUGGUGCGGCAAACAGAGGGCUCCACAGAAGGGAAGCCUUCUAGAUGCCAUUCGAUUGGCUACGGUCGACAAUUUUCAGGGCGAAGAAGCCAGUGUCGUUAUUAUCUCCCUCGUUCGCAGCAACAGAUCCAGAAAUUGUGGGUUUCUGAAAAUACCGAACAGGAUCAACGUACUUCUAAGUCGCGCCAAACAUGGCAUGUAUAUAAUUGGCGAUGCAAGUACGGCAUCAACCGCACCCAUGUGGUCAUCCGUUAUUCACCUGCUGGAAAAAGGCGCCAAUAUUGGCCCGAAACUUGAGUUACGUUGCGAUCGUCACCCCUCAAACGGGUUUUACGUUGAUUGCCCAAAUGACUUCACCAUACACGCCCCUGAAGGCGGGUGUGCGGAGAAAUGCGGACUAAGGCUAGACUGCGGGCAUACCUGUCCUGUGAAGUGUCACUCGGAAAGACAACACAAAGCGGUCAAAUGCAUGGAGCUGUGCACUCGGAUGAAAAACUGCGGCCAUGCAUGCCCAAAGAAAUGCCAUGAACAAUGUGGGGAAUGCUUGCAGGUAGUCCAUAAUGUCCUUCUUCCCUGUGGGCAUAUAGCGGAGGCCGUGGAGUGCAGGCAAAUGGGCAAUCUCGCAAAGGUGCGGUGCACUAAACGCGUUUCCCGCACCAUGGAUCGCUGCGGCCACAGCGUCCAGAUACGCUGCUUUGAGAAUGAUGGUGCAGUGAAUUGCUUUCAUCCGUGUGAUAGCCCAAUGCCUUGCGGACAUACCUGUCGGCGGCUAUGCUGGCAGUGUAGAUACACAAAGGGCGAUUCCUACCACAUCGAUCAUGGCCAUUGCCGAAGCCCAUGUGGCCGGGGAUUCUCAGCUUGCUCGCACAGCUGUGGCCAAACAUGUCAUCAGGGUACAUUGUGUCCACCUUGUAAUUUGACAUGCGAAGUGCGCUGUCGGCACAGCCGUUGUGCAAAGACUUGCAGUGAAUCGUGCCCUCCAUGCGCAGAGACAUGCGGAUGGGGCUGUGAGCACCGCAAACAGUGCGGUAUGCCAUGUGCUGUCCCAUGUAGCAACAUCCCUUGCAACUUGCGAUGCAAGAAUAAACUCACGAGUUGUGGACAUCAAUGCCCUGGUCUCUGUGGGGAACGAUGUCCAGACUCUCGCUUAUGUCGCAUAUGCGGCAGACCAGAUAUUCUGGAGCAGAAUGUUGAUCUUAUAGAGCUCAAGCCAUACAAGGACAUCAAUGUCGACGAAGAUCCAUUGGUAUUCCUCUCCUGUGGUCACUUCUACACAGCCUCAUCACUGGACGGCAUAAUGGGGAUGUCUGAGCAUUAUGAAGUAGAACCAUCUACAGGCAGGAUACUUGGUCCGAAACUUAACCACCGAUUAUUUGAUUCUGGGCGUCCGAAAGGGUGUCCUCAAUGCCGUGCACCACUCCGCGAUAUUGACCGCUAUAACAGAAUUAUCAAACAAGCAUUCCUCGAUGAAGCAACGAAGAAGUUUGCCACUCAUGCAAGCAUUAAGUUUGGUCACCUGGUGGAAGAGGUUGAGGGCUACGAGAAAGAUAUCAUAGGCGAAAAAUCGAAAUUUGUCUCUGACUGGUACCAGGAGACUGUAGAGACAAGGAGUGCCGAUGACGUCAGGCGCUCGGUUGAUGUCUAUCGCGGACGGGGAAACAGACUUCUGAACAAAAUCAAAGAAUUUACUAAAUCUGUGGCAAAAUCCGAGCAGCCAUUUGGGAGGGUCAGUGAGAUGCUCGCGUCGGUAGCAGCGAGAAAGGCUGGCACGCCUGCGACACCCUUCCAAUACAAUGAGUCGGACAUACAAACAGGGUUUCAAUCACGCGGCCAUGUUCUUGCUCUUCGACUCACCUGGGUUCUUUUCUGGAACUAUGACAGCAUCUACAGCAACAAGAGAAUUGACCCACGCAUAAAGGUGACUCUGGCCCAAGUGGUAGCAAAACAGAUUGAUGGUCUACUGAGCCAAUGCGAAGCUCUAACAAAGUAUUGCCAGGAGGCUAAAUUUCUGCAGCAGGAGGUGGAAACCCGAACAUAUCAUGUCCUGUUCUCGGUGCUGUCCCUCAGCAAUCGGGAAACACGCGGUAACCCUGUCAGUGGAACCACCGAAGCCAAGAUCCGGGAAAAGGCACUGAAAGAACUCGAAGCCUGCGAUGCGAUAUGUUUGCGCCAUUCAAAGAUACUGUGGUCUCUGCGUGAAGAUAUCGACAAAGCAAGAAGACUGGUCAAUGGUGGAACAUUCUACAGCUGCGUCACCAGCGAAGAAAGACGGCAGGUCUACCAGGCCAUGGCGGCACAAUUCAAUGGUACAGGCCACUGGUAUUAUUGUGAGAACAACCAUCCGUUUGCGGUGGGGGAAUGUGGGAUGCCGAUGGAGGAAAGUCGCUGUCCGCAGUGUGAGGCGCCAGUGGGCGGGCUCAAUCAUGAGUUUGCUCAAGGGAUCCGCAGAGCAGAUGACAUGGAUGUGGAGUUUGGCGGUUCUCUUUCUCUUGAGGCGCACACAGACUUAUAAAGCUGCCUAUCACAUGAGUAUUGAUAACGGAGCCGUUCAAAAGUAUGCAUAUACGAGAUGUGUUUCUGAAAUGGUUUGCACUAGAAGCGAGCUAGCAGAAUGAUUACGGGCUUCGUGAUCAAGGAGGUAAAGCAACACCAUUAACACAUAUGCUAUCGUAGCACAACAUCCCAUAACGCUCCACAUCUCUGGGUGUAACUAGUGUAGUUGUUAGGAGUAAUGGUUUUCAAGAAGCA